UACAUUCAUUUACUUCUAUCCUAUAAUAUGCCUGGUGUAUUUACAGGAAGUUAUUUUUGUCAUGUGCCUAACUUAAAAGCUUCAAAGGGUUAAUUAUAGACAGAGGUUAAGGAUGAGAACUGGGCACAGUGAAGAAGCAGCAUUUUGCAAAGACCCAUCAGUCUGAUCAUGCCUGCAGCUAGUUCAAGAAGCAUACAUUAGUUCCUUAAAAAUGAAAAACAAAUUGGGACACAGUGGGAAGGCUCCCUGAAUUCAACGCAGCAUAAAACACAAUGGCUGUAUUUAUUAACCGUAGAUCAAUAUGUGGGGAUAUUUCAGGACUGGAGAGGAGAAAGUACCUGACAGUUCGUUCCUACAUUCGACUGAUAGAAACUGCAUGUCCCACUUGGUUGCCUCUCAACAUAGAUUCCAAAGACCAGAUACGUGAACUCUCUGGGUUCGGACUUUAUGCCAUUGGUUACAACACGCGCUGGAAUCCCAAGAUCCGCUAUUACUUAACCAAACUGAGCGGCAGGGGGUCAAAGCUGGUUGAAUCCUUCUUUACUCCAGGUGGCAAGGGUCACAAGGUCAUUGAGAUGAAAGUUGAGGCUAAAAAAUGGAGAAGUGUGUUCUACAAGUAUGUGGAUAUGACAGUAAGUGAGAUGGAAUGCCUGCAGCUUCUCCAGCGAGUGAAAUGGAUGCCAUUGCGCAGAUGUACUUCUGAAGAUGUCCUUUCUCGAAUCACAGAGGAAAGUGGCCUUUUGGCAUUAGGUUACAGUGGACUUAACAUAGAGGUAAGAACAGAUGUGUCAGACCUGGAUGCCACUGAUGACUGGGCUGAAGAAUCAGGUGAAGACCAGGCCGCCUCCCCAGAGUCGGAUACUGAGCGAGACAGUGAACUCAGUGGAGUAAAUCAGGUCCAAUACUGCUACAUAGAAGCUGUAACAACAAACAUCCGGGAACAGCUAAUGAAACUGCUCCAAUGCCCAGUGAAUAUAAUCGAUGAUCAACAUGCCUGUGCAGAUAUUCAUCAUUUCAUCUGGCACCCAUCUUCAAUGGACCAGAGUAAACUUUACUGUAAGUGGUAUCCAGUAAAAUCUGAGGUCCUCAAACAGGGCUGCAUCCAGGAAUGCCUGGAGUCAGCACUGGGCUAUAGACUCAAGUAUAAGAAACCUGGGACCUGCAGAAUAAGAUAAGCCAAACUAAAAAUGUUGUAAAUCACAUGACCAAAAAUUUAGUUCAAUGUUGAUGAUCCUACUAUCAUUUUGUAAGAUGUCUCAGUAAGAAACAGUACAAUGUAUAGAUUUGAAAAAUGAGCACCUUUUCGUAGGGAGCUCUGAUAUGAUUAUUCAUAAUUUGUAUUAUACUUGCAAUACCCACAUUUAGCAAAAUCAUACAGUUCCUUUUUAACAAAUAUAUACACAAAUAAAAUGA